UGUACAACCAAUCUGCUUGACAACUGACAAGAGGCUGGGGUUUGAAGCAGACUGUGAAAAGAACACAAGAAAGUGAUUUGCAAAGGGCAUUCCAUCUGUUUGCCUUCCACCUCCUCUCCUCUGUCUGUAAAGAUUCAACAUUUUUAAUCAGUUAAAAUACUUAGUCCUCUUGUCUCUCCCUCAGAAAGUAAAUACAUAAGAAAUGCAUUAUUUUGGAGUAUUAGCUGCACUUUCUGUUUUCAAUAUAAUUGCCUGCCUGACAAGAGGCAAGCCUUUGGAAAACUGGGACAAGCUACCAGUUAUGGGAGAGUCUGACACAUUCUUUCAUGAUCCUGGGGAAAUGGAAGAUGAGACCCAUUUUGAUUUUAAAUCUUUCCUGGAGAAUAUGAAGACAGAAUUACUAAGAAGUUUGAAUUUAUCAAGGAUUCCCUCACAAGCGAAGACCAAAGAACCCCCACCACAGUUCAUGAUUGAUUUAUACAACAGAUACACAGCGGACAAGUCCUCCAUUCCUGCAUCCAACAUCGUAAGGAGCUUCAGCACUGAAGAUGUUGUUUCUUUAACUUCACCAGAAGAAAACCCAUUUCAGAAACACAUCUUGCUGUUCAACAUCUCUAUUCCACGAUACGAGGAAAUCACCAGAGCUGAACUGAGAAUCUUCAUCUCCUGUCACAAGGAAGUUGGGUCUCCCUCCAGACUGGAAGGAAACAUGGUCAUUUAUGAUGUUCUAGAUGGAGACCAUUGGGAAAACAAAGAAAAUAGCAAAUCUUUGCUUGUCUCCCACGGUAUUCAGGAGUGUGGCUGGGAAAUGUUUGAAGUGUCCAGAGCUGUGAAAAGAUGGGUCAAGGCAGACAAGAUGAAGACUAAAAACAAGCUAGAGGUUGUUAUAGAGAGUAAGGCUCUGGGUGGUUUCCCUUGUGGGAAGCUGGAUAUCAGUGUUACUCGUGACACUAAAAAUCUGCCCCUGUUAGUAGUAUUCUCCAAUGAUCGCAGCAAUGGGACAAAAGAGACCAAAGUAGAGCUCCGGGAGAUGAUUGUUCAUGAGCAAGAAAAUGUGCUAGACAAAUUAGGAAAGAACAACUCUUCAUCUGAAGAAGAACAGAGAGAGGAAAAAGCCAUCACUAGGCCCCAUCAGCAUUCCUCCAGAAGCAAGAGAAGCAUUGGAGCAAACCACUGUCGGAGAACUUCGCUCCAUGUGAACUUUAAAGAGAUUGGUUGGGAUUCUUGGAUCAUUGCACCCAAAGAUUAUGAGGCUUUUGAGUGUAAAGGAGGUUGCUUCUUCCCUCUGACAGAUAAUGUUACGCCAACAAAACAUGCUAUUGUCCAGACUCUGGUGCAUCUCCAAAACCCGAAGAAAGCUUCCAAGGCUUGUUGUGUUCCAACUAAAUUGGAUUCAAUUUCUAUUCUUUAUAAGGAUGAUGCUGGUGUGCCCACUUUGAUAUAUAACUAUGAAGGGAUGAAAGUGGCAGAAUGUGGCUGCAGGUAGUAUAUGCAGAAUAUCUAUAAGAAGAAGAAUACUCUUUUCUGCUGUCUGUGAAACUGUACAUUAGUGAUGUAAAUGAAAAUCCUUGCAAACAAGGUUUGGAGCACGGGAUGGAGCUGGUUGUUUGUUGUUGCUGCUUUUAAAGGAAAGCUGGCAUUUAAAGAAUGGCAAUCAUUGUAAAUAACCUGCAUUAUAUAUCAUUAAUUAAAAUUUUGUGAGAUUGAAAGAACUACGCAUUAUUUGGCCAGAGUGACAAAAACCAAAAACUUAUUUGAAUUUUUCUGUUAAACCAGUUCUGUUCAGGUCACAUGCAGUCUUUGGAAUUGAGGAUGUCUUUUAAAUUUCUAAUAGGCAUAGAAAUCUAACUCUCUCUGUCAGUUCUUACAUUCUUCUGUGUACUCACUGAACUGCAUAUAGUUUGCAUGAUAAAACAGGAAGUCUAAAUCCUGCAAACCUUUUCUCACAUCAGUAAUUUCAGAGACUUUUAAAAUCAUUUUAAUGCAAAGUAUUUACUCCUGAAAGUGAAGUUUUAAAAUUUCUCAAACAGAUGACACACUCCAUCUCAUCUGAUUCCCAAGUUUCCUUCUGUGGGUAGCAGGUGCCUUGGUUUCAGCUUUCUUAUCCUUGGUGUCCCUAUUUUUACCCCUUUAUGGCACAUACUUGAAUGAUAAGAAGUACAGCCUUCCGCUUCCAAGACACUGUUUCCUAGGAGGAACAGCAGGCCUUAUCUCCUCACAAAGAUAAGGAGCCACUUUGACCUACUGCAUAUUCUUAGUAUUUCUUUGCAAGAACAUGCAGUCAAAUCACAUCCAGUCUUAGGAUCUGUACCCUAACAAGUGUGGGGGUUGGCAGUGCUCAGCACUCAUGAAAAGAAAUAAACAAGCUAAUUUUUAGAGGCCUAAGUUCUUUGGAGUCUGACACCAGGCACUGCUUAUUUUCUUUAUUUUUUCUUAGGAUAAACGCCGUUUUACAUACAAAAUUCUUUCACUCUUUAGAAGUCUGGGAAAAAUUGAUAACUCCUUUUUUAAUGUUCUGGGGCACUUACUCACUUUAGGAGAAAUACACUACCAGACAACGGUUAUCCUGUCCUUACUUCUAUUUUCACUAAACAACAACUCCCAUGUUUCCUGCAACUAGGGAAAACUUUCUUCGAUUCUAAUGAAGGUUUUGCCUGUACAAGAAAAGACAGUGCUUUGCAUUGGUUUCAGGUGUGAUGGAAUGUGCCAUGUAAUGCCAUCAUAAUCCACUUUCUUCCUACUAUUCCACCUUCCAUCAAAAAAAUCUACCACUUUUGAUUCAAACCCACAGUGAACUACAUAUAUAUUCAAAAUAUUAAAUGUUAAUGAGACAAAAAUAUGCUUAAUAUGUGGAACCAAUAUGAUUUAAAUGUAUACAUAUGUUUUAAAUUAGGGCUGCCUGUGGGCAAGACGAAUUCAUUUGCUAUGAACAGCUCUGCUUGAAAUCUAAUAUGCAGUUUAUUUACUAUUGUUAACUGAAUACAGAGCGAAUAGCAGGUGAGUGCAAGCAGAGCAGUUGUAAUUCCAUCAAGAACUUUUGGUUACAUCACAAAUUAUGAGAACAAAGCAUGAUUCACCAGAAUCCUCUGACUGAUUUACAGCCUCUUCCAUUAGAAGAGGACUGCAAUUGGAUCAGAUCUGAGAUCGGGAUCCAUGAGAAUUCUAUCCAUCCAUAGCUGCAUGUCAUUAUCCUCUUAAUUUUCAUGUGGCAUCCUCUCAUUUUACUACUCCCCACUGGCUUCUGUCAUCUUACAGUUGUUAUGUCUUCCUCCUUGAAAUGUUUUCUCUCCCUUUUGUAUUGAUAUCUCCUAAAUUUAUAGUAUUUUGCACAACUUCUCUUCUUCAAGUAAAACAAACUACCAAGCAAACAUCUGGUGUGAUCACAUUAGAAUUCUUUUUCACCCAUGUGUCAAGGUAAUUGUAGCUGUGUGCCCUCAAGUCAUCUAAACACUAGGUCCUAGCUGUAAUUCUGACUUCAUAGAGUGCAGGAGUUUGUCAUUUAUCAAAUUAAUAAGUGGAGAAGAAAAGAGACAAGUCCUCACAUGU